CUUGAACAGCACUGGGAUCGCAGAUCUCGGAGCGGUGGAUUUUAUUAGCUGGACGCUCCGUGGACAUCCCAGCUGAUCGGCAUUGCUCUGUUUUAUUUGAAUACUUUUCCUCUCGGCUUCUCAAAUCGGUUGUUUUGGAGACAUUUUCUCAGGAAACAUCCUGUCACAGACGGAGGUUUCUGCACUGAGCUGCGCUUUGAGCCCAUGAAAAGAGGAGAGGAGAGGGAACCGAGAGGAGUCAUCAGCUUCACCUGAACAAAGAAGAGGCACAAGAUACACAUGGGGCAGGGAGAAGCUUCAGCGCGGGGGACGACCAUGGAGGGGGAUUGUCUCAGCUGCAUCAAGUACCUCAUGUUUGUCUUCAAUUUCCUCAUCUUUCUGGGGGGCUCUUUCCUCCUGGGAGUGGGAGUGUGGGUACUGGUGGACCCCACAGGUUUCAGGGAAAUUGUGGCAGCCAACCCCCUGCUGUUCACUGGUGUCUACAUCAUCCUGGGCAUGGGAGGCAUGCUCUUCCUUCUGGGCUUCCUCGGGUGCUGUGGAGCCAUCCGCGAAAACAAGUGUCUGCUCCUCUUUUUUUUCAUGCUCAUCCUGCUCAUCUUCUUAGCAGAGCUGGCUGCUGCCAUCCUGGCCUUCAUAUUCCGGGAGCAUCUGACCAGAGAGUACUUCACCAAGGAGCUGAAGAGACAUUAUCAGGGCUACAACAACACUGACGUCUUCACCUCCACAUGGAAUGCCAUCAUGAAUACAUUUGACUGCUGUGGGGUGAACAGCCCAGAGGAUUUUAAGGACAGCCUGUUCAGGAUGAUCAACCCAACUCAAAUUGUGCCAGAUGCCUGCUGCCAGCGUGCCAGUCAGACCGAGGAGUUGGCCUAUAUCAACCAGCACCAGUGCUUAACAGGCAAUAUGAUGUUCCGCAAUAACAAGGGCUGUUACUCUGCAGUAGUUGACUACUUUGAGCUGUACAUCUAUGUGGCUGGAGCGCUGGCCAUUGUGGUGCUGACCAUUGAGCUCUUUGCGAUGGUCUUUGCAAUGUGUCUCUUCAGGGGAAUCCAGUAGAGCUGCUCCAUCUGUGAACUUCUUUUUUUUUUUUUCUUAAAAAAAAGGGAAUUCAGGAGAAAAUAACAAAAAUGGACACUUGUAAAUUUGUUGAUCUCUUUUUUCUAUUGGCUAAUUGGUAGAAAAACAAACUCUUGUACUUCACAGCUGGACUUUUGAGGUACUGGGUGGCAAAAAAAACAACAACACGUGCACAGAAACACAUACAUAAACCAUAGAGAAGAAAGUGGGAGAUCAGACACAAAACUGAUGUAAAAAGAUUUGUGUGUAAAGUGGAAACAGUCAUUUUUUUUGGACCAGGUCUAGCACAGACUGGGUGUAAAGUGGACCAGGCAUGAGGACCAGGUGAAGCCUGAGCAGAAGGCACUGCACUGACGUUUGGAUGAAGAAUAUUUAUAUUAAGUAAAGUUGGCUUAACUGUAAAAAAUGUGUUUUAUGUACACUUUGGCUGUUUACCCUUUUUCCUGCUCAUACUGUAUACUGUAACACUCCCUCCCUCCAUACGCCUUUUUUUACAGCCACUCUUCUUUAAAGCUGUAAUAUGUAAGCUCUGUGUGUGUGUGCGUGUGUAUGUGUACAUACUGGAUGCUCUUUUUGAAUGUGUAUGAACUAGUUUGUGAGCAUGUUGUGAGCUCGUGGCUCUUCAUGACCCCCUCCCGAGCUUGAAAGCCAACCUCCUGAUUCUUUUUUCUAUUUGUGUGGUGAUGUUUAUUGCAGUAGCGGUUAUAAUGUGGUUUUAGGUGGUGAAAUGUAUGUGUAUGCAUUUGUAUUAGACUCUUGAAAAGUCAAUGACAUACAGUAAAUGGCAUUCUAAAUGA